AUGUUGCAUGAAGCUGCUGAAUAUAUCAAGAAAUGCUUAGGUGGCGGGCAAAAUGAUGCAAUCUUGUUUUGUGGCUCAGGCACAACCGCAGCUAUUAAAAGAUUACAAGAAGUGAUGGGCAUUGCCGUGCCAUCAGUUUUGAGAGAUAGGGUAAUUAACUGCCUAAGUAACGAAGAGAGAUGGGUGGUUUUUGUCGGUCCUUAUGAGCACCACUCGAAUCUCCUCUCAUGGAGACAAAGCUUAGCUGAAGUGGUAGAAAUAGGUUUAGAUGACGAUGGUUUGAUAGACGUGGAAGAUCUAAGACGACGACUUGAAUCAUAUAAAUGUGCCAACAGGCCCAUUUUGGGUUCCUUUUCAGCCUGUAGCAAUGUGACUGGGAUUUACUCAGAUACUCGAGGAAUUGCUCAGCUUCUUCAUCAAUAUGGUGGUUUUGCUUGUUUUGAUUUGGCUGCAAGCGGUCCAUAUGUGGAAAUAGACAUGAGAUCUGGAGAGAUUGAUGGUUAUGAUGCAAUUUUCCUUAGCCCACACAAAUUUCUUGGGGGGCCUGGAUCGCCGGGAAUACUUCUGAUGAGCAAAGCCCUUUAUCAGCUGGGAUCUUCUGCUCCAUCAACUUGCGGAGGUGGAACUGUUAACUAUGUAAAUGGUUUCAAUGAAAAGCAAACACUGUACUUGAACGACAUAGAAGAGAGAGAGAAUGGGGGAACUCCUCAAAUAACCCAAACCAUUAGAGCAGCAUUGGCCUUUUGGGUUAAAGAGUACAUUAGCUACCAAUUGAUUGAGAAACAAGAGAAAAUGUACAUAGAAAAGGCACUCAACAGGCUUGUUCCGAACAAGAAUAUAUGGGUUUUAGGUAACACUACAGCAGCCAAACGACAAGCUAUUUUGUCCUUCCUCAUAUACUCUACUACAAACUCUUCCUCAACGGGCAUGAUAAAUGAGAGUAGUAGAAUUGAUAGCGAAGACAUCAAUGAUGGGGUUCUUUACAUGUGGAGAGAGACGGGGAACGAAAGAGGCAAACCUCUUCAUGGACCUUUCGUAGCAGCACUCCUUAAUGACCUAUUUGGUAUUCAAGCUCGAGGUGGUUGUGCUUGUGCUGGACCUUAUGGUCACUCUUUGCUCCACGUCAAUGAGCCUACCUCCCUGGCCUUCAGAUCUGCCAUAGACAAGGGUUAUGCCGGAGUGAAGCCAGGAUGGACGAGGAUCAGCUUCCCCUACUACAUGUCCAACGAGGAAUUUGAGUUCAUUCUGACUGCAAUUGAGUUCAUAGCCAUUUACGGCCAGCGAUUUCUUCCAUUAUAUCACUUCAGUUGGAAAACUGGUAGCUGGACUUUCAAGAAAAGGGAACUGAAGGACCUGGUAGAUAAAGAAAACAAUGGUCAGCUGUUUGUUAGUAAGUUUGCAUCAUAUUUGACGAGGGCUAAACUUAUUGCAACUCUGCUUCCCAAAUUCCCUUCCCAACGUAAGAUCCCACAGGACAUAGACCCCAAUCUCUUGUACUUCCGAGUCUAG